CCAAACACAAACACAAACACUCUUCUUCUUCUUCUCUCUAAUUACAUUUUUCACUUUCCACUUCCAAUUCCAAUGCACCGUCGCUAAUCGCCGGCGACGCCUCAACAUGAGUCCACCCGCCGUCGAAGCUCCGUUACUGUUUCUCAUUCUGCUUGCUGCAGCGCUACGGUGCCCGCUCGCCGGAGCGCGCCUUCUGGUGGAGAUGACGGUGGUUCGAAACGCCUCUUCCAUCGGAGCCUUUUGUUUGGAUGGGAGCUUGCCGGCGUAUCACCUGGACAGAGGAUUCGGCGCCGGAGCGGGAAACUGGCUUUUACAGUUCGAGGGUGGUGGGUGGUGCAAUGAUGUGAAGUCUUGUUUGGAGAGAGCGAAUAGUCGAAGAGGAUCAACCCGUUUGAUGACCAAAUGGGAAGACUUCUCUGGCAUUCUUAGCAACAAUGCUUCUCUUAACCCAGACUUUUAUAACUGGAACCGUGUGAAACUCAGGUAUUGUGAUGGAGCAUCAUUUGCAGGAGAUGCCUUGUUUGACAAUGGGACAUCACUGCUUUAUUUCAAAGGGCAAAAGAUAUGGGAAUCCAUCAUUCUAGACCUUCUACCAAAUGGGUUGGGGACAGCAAGGAAGGCUCUGCUCUCUGGUUGCUCUGCUGGAGGAUUAGCAGCUUUUCUGCAUUGUGAAAAUUUCAGCAAGUAUUUGCCAAGGAAUGCCAGUGUCAAAUGCUUGAGUGAUGCUGGAUUUUUUCUUGACUUAAGAGACAUAGGUUUGAACCACACAAUGAGGAACUUUUACAAGGAUCUUGUGGCUCUUCAGGGGAUGGAGCAAAAUUUGAAUGAAAACUGCAAAGCCUCCUCUUACUUUCCAGAAUUGUGUAUAUUCCCUCAGCAUUCAUUGAAGUACAUAACAACACCCUUUUUCAUUCUGAAUUCAGCAUAUGAUGUUUUCCAAUUUCAUCAUGGAUUGGUGCCACCAUCUGCUGAUUUACAUGGACACUGGAACCACUGCAAAUUCAAUCCAGCAGAGUGCAGUGAACUACAGAUUCAGGUACUGCAAGUGAGUCACAAGACACAUGGUUUGCAGAUGACUCCCCAACAAUAGACAACAAGACUAUAGCAGAAGCAGUUGGAGAUUGGUACUUUAGCAGAAGAAACAUAAAGGAAAUUGAUUGUGCUUAUCCAUGUGACUCUACUUGCCAUAAUAUUAUACCAUAAAUUAACUCUAUGGUAAUAAUUAAUUUUCUAAUCACUACUUUAUAUAUAUAUAUAUGUAUAUCAAUGGUCACCUCUCUUAGGCUCUAAUCCACAUUAAGAAACAUUUACAGGUUGAGGCACAGAAUUUAUAUAACAUUCUUUCGAAAACACAAGAAAGCUAGACAGUGUCCAUGGCAGUUUUUUCACAAGGGAGGAGACACAGAAUCUACCAAUACACAUACACACAUUAAUUUAUACCACACUAUUUUCUAAAAAGAAUUUUGAUUUUGAUUUUGAUUUUUUUUUUUCUUUUUUUUCCCUUUUCCUUCAAGUUACAUGUAACAUUAUUCAAAUUCAAUGUAUGAGUUAUAAGUAUGAUUAUGGUGUAAUAUUCCAUUUAUUUAUAUUCUCUUUUUUUUUCCCACUGUAUUUUUGGACAUACCUCUCUGUUGUAAUUCUUUUUAAAUAAUUGUUUUGAUUAAAUAGGCAAUCUCAA